UCCCCUUUCUGAGCUAGCAACAGCAGUUUCAUGAAGACAGAGAGAAAGGUACAACAUGCAAUAUGAUACUUUGUCACUGGCCUCACUCAGAUCCCGAUACCUGGGAAGGGCUUGGCCGGGCUUUGACAACCGCUUUGCUUCGCACUCUGCUCCCUACCAGCAGACAGAUCUCAGAAGAACAGCACUGCGCCACAGAAGGUCCUGAAGUCUGAGCCAGGGCCAUGGAGGGCUCGGUGCUGAGCCCCACAUCCUGGGAGAAGCGGAGGGCCUGGCUCCGGCAGAGCCGCCACUGGCAGACCCAGGUCUUGGAAGAGGAGGCUGCCGCUGCCCUGCAAGAUGCCUCAGAUCCUGAGCCUUCCAGCCUGGAUGACGUUUUCCAGGAAGGGAAUCCGAUCAGUAAGAUUGAAGACUGGCUGCAGGACUGUGGAUACUCUGAAGAAGGGUUUUUUGAGGAAAUAGGACAGUCAGGCUACAAUGGGUGCCUCAGCCAUGGAACCAGCUUUGAAGAUGAUUUGACCCUCGGAGCAGAGGCCACACUACUGGCCGCCAAUAGCAAAGUCUUCUCCAGGAGUUUCCUGGAGGCAGCCCGGCCCUGCCAGCUGCUGGAUCUCGGCUGCAGUUUGGCUUCCAGUAGCAUGACUGGUGGGACGAACAAGACUAGUUCAAGCAUCUCUGAGAUUCUGGACAAGGUGCAAGAAGAUGCAGAAGAUGUUCUCUUCAGUCUGGGCUUUGGCCAAGAGGACCACAAAGACACUUCUCGGAUUCCUGCCCGAUUUUUCACUACCCCUUCUCAGGCCAAAGGCAUUGAUUUCCAACUCUUCCUGAAGGCCCAGGUGCGGAGGAUUGAGAUGGAGGACCCUUGCCUCAUGCUGGCCAGCAGGUUUAAGCAGGUGCAAACACUGGCCGUCACUGCUGAUGCCUUCUUCUGUCUCUACUCCUAUGUGUCUAAGACACCGGUCCAAAAGUUCACACCAUCCAACAUGUUCUGGAGCUGCAACCCAACUGAUGUGCCGUCUAUCAAGAUUCUGGCUCCAGAACCUGAACCUCACUCACCCAGAGAGCGCCUCCGGAAAGCCAUCUCCAAGAUGUGCCUGUAUACAUGCCCCCGAGAUCGGCUGUCACCACCCCAUAAUAUCACCAAAAGGAACAGUUUGGACCGAGUGGUAUGGGAAGUGAUGGACAGAGUGAGAGGAGAUAAGCUGGUCUUCCAGCAAGACCUUGGGUUUGGGCCAAGCUCAGAGUAAGAUCCUGUUCCCUCAACCAGGGAUACACAGCUGCCCAAUUCUUCUGGUUCAUGUGCUCUUUGCCCUGAAGAGGAAACCCAGCAGGGCAUACUCACAAUGCAAGCACCAUCACAAACUCUGGAUUCUAACCCAGAGGCAACCUGUUGCACACAUUCUCUGCCCAAAGCAGAUCUACAGUGGAGCACAGACCCUGCACACGUUAAGAGAGAGCUGUGGGGUCUACAGGCCACCAAUAAGGAAAUCCAUUCAGCCAAGGAUGAGACUUUCUGGAAAAGAAAGAGCAGAGCAAGAAAGAGCCUGUUUCAGAAGAAUCCCAUGAGCAGAAUGGUUAAGUCUUUGGACCUGUCCAUCAUCCAGCAGAGCCAAGAGUGCCCAACACUGCACCCAUCUCUAACUCAGCAGCUGCAGGACACUUGUGACUUGGAGGACAUGAGAGGGUUGGGGGCAAGAGAGAGCCUGGUAGAGAAAGAUUUUGUAUUCUUGCCAUUGGGUAAAGGGAAUCCAGGCUCCCUAUCCUCAUCAGAUAUCCCAAUUCUUGAAUUGCAUUCAGAAACUUUUGGGGGCAGGUUAAUAGAGGGUUAAUAGGUCUGAUUUCUUAGGAGCA